ACGAUUACACAGAUCCCAUUGGCGAUUGUUUUUUUUUCUUCUAUCGUAAUUUCAGUAUAUUACCAAUUUAAUCAUUUUUCUGAAGCCUCUUGUUCUUGUUUCAUAUUACUCAGAUUGAGAUUAUUGCUCGUUCUUCCUUAUCCAAUUAAGUUGUCACCAGAUCUAUUUUGGACCUUUUGCAGCGAAAGAACUGUUGUUAAUUACUUCUUACAUGGCUCGUUUUAAUUUUGGUGAAACUCUAUCCCUUGGAGGUUCAAACCAUGGACUGGGCGACCUAGUUGCUCCGUUCAAAACCACUACGAGCUCCCUAAGGGUCUUCCUUCUACAUGGAAACUUAGAGAUAUGCGUGAAAGAGGCUAGAAACCUGCCCAAUUUAGACAUGUUCCAUCAGAAAAUGGGGGAUAUGUUUUCCAGAUUACCUGGAAAACUUGGUCAGAAAGUUCAAGGGCAUAUGUCCAAUACAAUCGUCACUAGUGACCCAUACGUGACUGUAUCUCUGGCGGGUGCUGUAAUUGCAAGAACAUUUGUGAUCAAGAACGAUGAGAACCCUACUUGGAUGCAGCAUUUCAAUGUUCCCGUAGCUCAUCAUGCUGCAGAAGUACUUUUCGUGGUAAAAGACACCGACAUUGUGGGCUCCCAAAUCAUGGGUGUGGUUGGAAUUCCAGUGGAACAGUUAUACAACGGCACAAAAGUUAAAGGGUCCUUUCCAAUCCUUAAUUUUAGUGGGAAACCUUGCAAAGAUGGAGCAGUCUUGAGUUUAUCCAUUCAAUACAUUCCUUUUGAUAAGGUUGCUGUUUAUGGUCAUGGAAUGGGGGCAGGUCCUAGUUAUGAAGGGGUUCCAGGUACAUACUUUCCCCUUAGGAAGGGUGGUCGAGUUAGACUUUAUCAGGACGCUCAUGUUCAUGGAGGCUCCCUUCUUCCUAAUUUGAAGAUGGAAGGUGGUGUGAGUUAUGAGCAUGGCAAUUGCUGGCACGACAUCUUUGAGGCAAUAAGUCAGGCCCGACGAUUAGUAUACAUUGUGGGGUGGUCUGUGUACUACAAUGUUAGACUGGUUCGAGAUGCUAGUGAUGCUAAACCUUGCACUUUAGGUGAUCUUCUCAAAAUCAAAUCACAAGAAGGUGUGAGAGUGUUACUACUUGUGUGGGACGAUCCUACUUCCAGAAGCAUGAUAGGUGGAUAUAAAACGACUGGACUUAUGAACACCCAUGAUGAGGACACUCUCAAUUUUUUCAAGGGCUCUUCAGUUCAAGUUCUGCUCUGCCCACGUUCAGGUGGAAAAGGACAUAGUUGGGUCAAACAACAGGAAGCUGGGACCAUCUAUACUCAUCAUCAGAAAACAGUCAUUGUGGAUGCUGAUGCAGGCCACCAUAAAAGAAAGAUUAUAUCUUUUAUUGGAGGUCUUGAUUUAUGUGAUGGCCGAUAUGAUACACCACAACAUCCUCUCUUCAGCACGUUGCAGACAACACACAAAGAUGACUAUCAUAACCCUAACUUUGUGGGGCCUGUUGAUGGUUGUCCAAGACAGCCGUGGCAUGAUUUGCACUCGCUAAUUGAUGGUCCAGCUGCUUAUGACAUCCUCACCAAUUUUGAGGAGCGUUGGUUAAAGGCAUCAAAAUUGCAUGGACUUAAAAAGAUAAAAGGCUCACAUGAUGAUUCAUUACUUAAAAUUGAUAGAAUCUCUGAUAUCCUUGGUAUUGCUGAUGUUUCAUGCUCGAAUGAUAAUAAUCCAGAAGCUUGGCAUGUCCAGGUCUUUCGUUCUAUUGAUUCCAAUUCCGUCAAAGGAUUUCCCAAGGAUCCUACAGAUGCUAUAAAAAAGAACUUGGCUUGUGGAAAGAAUGUACUGAUAGACAUGAGCAUACAUUCUGCAUAUGUCAAAGCUAUCAGAUCUGCCCAAAAGUUCAUCUAUAUCGAGAACCAAUACUUUCUAGGCUCAUCAUAUAAUUGGGAUUCUCACAAAGACAUAGGUGCAAACAAUUUAAUUCCCAUGGAAAUUGCUCUUAAAAUAGCAGCCAAAAUCAAACAACACGAGAGAUUCGCCGCUUACAUUGUCAUUCCUAUGUGGCCUGAAGGUGUGCCAACAAGUACAGCUACUCAGAGGAUUCUCUUUUGGCAGUAUAAAACAAUGCAAAUGAUGUACGAGACAGUUUACAAGGCCUUGCAGGAGGCUGGACUUGACAAUGAGUAUGAACCACAGGAUUACUUAAAUUUCUUUUGCCUCGGCAAUCGUGAGGCCCCAGAAAACCAAAACAUUGUAAUUGCUAGAAAUCCUGCUGGAUCAAACACUCCUCAACCGCAGGCACUAACCCAAAAAAACCGGCGAUUCAUGAUUUACGUUCAUUCAAAAGGAAUGAUAGUGGAUGAUGAAUAUGUCAUAAUGGGAUCUGCAAACAUCAACCAACGAUCCAUGGAAGGAACCAGAGACACAGAGAUAGCAAUGGGGGCAUAUCAGCCUCAUCAUUCUUGGGCAAGCAAGCGCUCUAGACCUCAUGGACAGGUGUAUGGAUAUAGAAUGUCACUAUGGGUUGAACAUAUUGGAGGCAUUGAGGAAUGCAUGAAGGAACCAGAGAGUGUUGAAUGCGUGAGACGGGUCAGGCGCUUGGGCGAGCAAAACUGGCGAGAUUACACAGCUGAAGAGGUAACAGAUAUGAAGGGGCAUUUAUUGAAAUACCCACUUGAAGUUGAUUCAAUGGGGAAGGUGAAGCCUCUUCCUAGCUGCGAGACAUUUCCUGAUCUUGGUGGAAACAUCAAUGGCAGUUUUACUCUCAUUCAAGAAAAUCUCACAAUUUGAUUUUCAUACUCUUCAAGUACAAAGUGCUUAUUUGCAGCAGUUGAAGUGAAGGAUUUAUUUGUACAUUUUUGCUUUCUAUUUUUCAGAUUAAACCUACUUUAGGAGGUUAGAAGAUUACACUAUAGAUCCAUUUGCCAUGGAAUGUGUUCUGUAGCCUUUAGGGGUUAUGAAAUGAUCAAAUGUAGAAUAGUUUUAAUUUAUGAUAUCUUUAUUACAGUUGACCCCAUUGAGUUUUGUUUUA